UUGACCUAUUUGGUUUCUACUUAUGCUUAUUGGUACUUACCACCUUUUAAUCUGGAAGUAGGGUUUCAGUCAGCCUGCAUAUAUUUUUAUUCACAGUAUUAUCCAGCAUGCUGCAGUCUUGUAUACGGUGGUGAGCUAAGCUAGAGACCUCAUCGUUAUUGCUGUGCAGUACUCUGCAGAAAACUUUGUACUUUGGAAACUUUGAGAAUGCCUCACUCUGCCUGCCUGGGGUGAGUCACCAGUUGGAGUGGGCCCAUCUCCUCAGGUGAAAUGGCGUGGAGAAACUGGCAGUGAAUGCUGUGCUGUGAAGGACACACGCAAGAGAACCUUUCCACGUCAGCACAAAGGCUAGUUGUAUUAAUUUGUCAUCUACCGAACAAAUUCUAACACCAAAUUUUGCACUACUUUCAAAACCAAAGCCAAUUAAAGCAAUGAAAGAAAAAGCAGAGGAAUAAUGAUGAAGAAACCAAGACACUGGAAUACCAAGCAACAGGAUUUUGAACCUAGACAGUCUGGCUCCAAGCUCGUCAGCUUUAUUAAGAUUUAGCUUUAAUAAAAUUAAGUCUAGAUUUUGAUUCGUUUUGACAAAUGUAUACACAGUCGAGUAACCACUACUACAAUCAUACUAUCUCUUAGAACAAUUCCAUCACCCCAAAAAGUUCCCUUUACCCGUUCGUAGUUAAUCUCCUCCCACAGCCUGUCACCCCUAGCAAACACCAAUCUGUUUUCUACCACUGUAAUUUUGCCUUUUCUAAAAUUUCACGUAAGUAGAAUCAUACAGUGUCUGGCUUCUUUUACUUAGCAUAAUGCUUCUGAGAUUCCUUCAGGGUAUUGCAAACAUUAGUUGUCCGUUACUUUUAAUUGCUGAGCAGUAUUCCACUGAAUAGAUAUACCACAUUUUGUUUAUCUUUUACCAGUUAACGGAUAUUUGGAUUGUUUUCAGUUUGGAGCUCUUACAAAUACAGCUGCUAUGAAUGUUCACAUACAAAUCUUUAGAUGGAUAUAUAUCUUCAUUUCUCUUGGGAAAAUAUCUAGACAUGGAAUUACAAGAUUACAUGAACUAAACUGCCUUCUCUUGGAUUUGAAGAACUGAUGAGAUCAUAGCUGCGAUUACCUCUGAACUCUCUGUCUUUACAAUCCAUUGAAAAUGAUUAGACACGUCUCUGCUAUAUAAACACUGUCCUGGGCAGAUUGUCUUAAGGCGUCCUGUUUUUCAUUUACCAGUUUUUUCCUUAUGGAAAAAGACAGUUUCCAGCAGUUAGAACUAGAAAAGGGUAGACCUUCCAAAAGGAGGACUCCCAAAAGAGUUAUCCAUUUUGUUGAUGGUGACAUCACGGAAGAAUAUAGCACAGAGGAAGAGGAAGAAAAAGAGGAACAGAGAACAAAUUCAACACUUGAUCCUUCUAAACUUUCAUGGGGGUCCUACCUAUGGUUUUGGGCAGGGCGAAUAGCAAGGACCUCAUUUUCUACAUGUGAAUUCCUUGGUGGAAGAUUUGCUCUCUUCUUUGGUCUUAAUCAACCCAAAUACCAGUAUGUGUUAAAUGAGUACUAUAGAACACAAAAUAAGGAAAGUGACAAGGAAAGUGAAGGGAAUGGAUCAAAGGCCCAACCAGCCAAUGUUCCCAAUGAAAAGUGUCACCUGGAGGCUGGGGCCCGAGAGUAUGGAACGAGACAACAGGACAUUGCCGAGGGCAUUCCUCAGUGGAGUAUCUCAUCCAGCGAGGGCCUGAUGGCAGAUUCCAGCUCCUAAUGGGCAGCGGGGCUAUAGUUCCCCUGGAUCUCUCGUCCUCGGUCAUUGAUUACCACGGCAACAGCACUACAGGUAGCUCUUCUGAGCCAGAUCUGAUCUCAAUCUCUUUGUGAUUUAUUCUCCAGCAGCCAGGAAUUGUAAACAAUCAUAAGAACAACUGUGGAUUCUUUCUCAAUGUAAAUUUUUAUUUAUAAGCCCAGCAACCCAACUCCACCCCAGUGAUAUAAGUCCUGUCCGUCAGUUGUGGGCUACUAGUAUUGACAUUUGCACAGUAGUAUAAAUGCCUUAAGGAACUUGGGCACAGGAGUUUUAGGCUGAAACUCUUUGUCACAUGGUGAGGGUAUAGAAAAGGACCCUCUGUUCCUCAAAAGAAACUUUGGGCAUUAUGAAGUCUAAAUCCUUUCAGGGUUUGACAUAAGCCGUGUCCUUCGCAAUAGCUAUGUUGGCUUACUUGGGGCUUGCUUUGCAAUAAGCAAACAUUGCUAAUAACUCUGUUUCAACAUAGCAGUCUUUGAGAGUUGGGUGCAUUUCUCCCCAAACACGUCAAAAAUAAAUAAACAAACAAUCUAAGCUCUAGAAAAAGUAUUUGGAAAAAGUGAAUGAUUCUCUCAUUUACUUGUCAACAAAUUUUCAAAAACUGUAAAGAUCAGACAUGGAAAUCAUAGCUGGAUAACACAGGUUGCUCUGGCCAAAGGUAGCUGUGUUAUAGAAAAACACAGGUUUUGCAGUAAAAAGACCUGAGUUCAAGUCUCAAUUCUGCUUUUUACUAGUCGUGUGAUUUUAGGUGUCUAAAUUUCUGAGCCCCAGUCUCUUUCUUUGUAAAAUAGGGGUGGCAUUUAUUUGUUUCUCAAGGGUUACUGUUAAACGAAAUGAACUAAUAAAUGCGAAAAUUCUUUUA